CAAGGCGGCGGCAGCCAAUCAGAGGGCAGGAUUUUUCGCGCUGGUUUUGGCCGAAGGAGGAGGCGGAGACCAAAAGGCGGCGAGCGGAGGGUCGGCAGCGGCGGAGGGUUUGCCAUCGGGGCCGGGGGAUGCGAGGGCCCUCGGGGCGCCGCAGAGCAGCAUUAAAUUGGAAAUCUCUUUAAUUGAAUGGAUUUCAAAAGUGGUUCUCUGCUAUUAACCAAAAAAAGUGGCAAUCACAUCAAAAUGAAGCAAGUACCAGAAAUCCUUGGAAAUGCUACAGUAAAAACACAGAAUUGUGAAGUGAACCGGGACUGUUCUGUCUACCUGGGCAAAACACAUCUUUCCACCACACUACAGGAAGAUGUUAUGCCAAAGUAUAACGGCCAUGAUGCUCUUCCAUUCAUCCCAGCUGACAAACUGAAAGAUCUCACUUCUCGUGUAUUUAAUGGAGAAUCAGGAACACAAGAUAGCAAGCUGCAUUUUGAAUCUCGGGAUAUAAAAGAAGCUGGAACUCCACCCAACACUACACCUAUUAAGAAUGGCUCCCCAGAGAUUAAAUUGAAAAUCACUAAAACUUACAUGAAUGGAAAACCUCUGUUUGAAUCUUCAAUUUGUGGUGAUAAUGGAAUAGAAGUGCCUCAGGUUGAAGAAAGCGAGAAAAAGACAUCAAAUAAGGAGAGGAGAAACAGAAAAAGAAGCAACAGAUAUGACUCUCUACUUGAACAAGAUUUUGUUGAAGCAUCAUCUGUGUCAAAUGCAUCUAGUCCCUCUGAGAAGACUGCUGCUGAAGAUUUAGUUCCAGGAAAUGAUGACAACAGCCAUCUACUGAGGUACCAUAUAGGAGACAUAGUAUGGUCCAAAGUAUCUGGCUAUCCGUGGUGGCCAUGUAUGAUUUCAACUGAUCCGCUUCUUCAUAACUUCACUAAAUUGAAUGGUCAAAAGAAGAGUUUUCGCCAAUAUCAUGUACAGUUUUUUGGAGACUCUCCAGAACGAGCUUGGGUAUUUGAAAGAAGUCUUGCACCAUUCAAAGGAGAAGAACAGUUUGAACAAUUAUGCCAGGAAAGUGCAAAGCAUUCCCUUACCAAAGCAGACAAAAUAAAGAUGUUAAAACCCGUUUCUGGAAAACUACGCCCGCAGUGGGAAAUGGGUGUUAAACAAGCAAAAGAUGCAUUAUCAUUGACAAUGGAAGAACGGAAAACCAAAUAUACUUUCAUUUAUAUUAGGGGAAGGCCUCUUCUUAAUCCCCAAGUAGCAAAAGAAGCAGGUCUUGUUGUUAAAUCUUUGGAAGAAAUGGAUAAAAUUUACACAGAUGAAGACAUUUCUAAGUCUUUGAAAUCAAGGAAAGGCCACGAUAUUCCUGCCAAGAGGAGGAGGAAAACAAAAUUGCUUGUAAUGACUGAAUCUGAAGAAGACUUCAUGCAUGCUAAGAAUAUUGGCAUGUCUGAUAAGAGUAGUAAUUCUGAAAAGGACCUUGAAGAGGGAGAAGGCAAAAGAGUCUCAGGGUCUCCUAUCAGUAGAAAAAAGGCUGUGCCAUAUAUUCCACGAGGCAGAAAAGGAGAUGCAGUUUCCCAAUUCUUGGUUUUUUGUCAGAAACACAGAGAUGAGGUGGUUGCUGAACACCCUGAGGCUGCAACUGAUGAAAUUGAAGAGCUGCUGGAAUCACAGUGGAACAUGCUUAGUGAAAAACAGAAAGCACGCUAUAACACAAAAUUUGCCAUAAUGACCUCUCCCAAAUCUGAAGAAGAUACUGGUUCAUCACAGAAGAAUGUGGGAGAGACCACGCGUAAAGUGUUUCAAGCAUCACCUGAAAGGAGAUCAAGAUGCCGAAGUAACUUACAUGGAAAUAAAAGGAAGCCAAUAAAGAGGACAAAGAAACACACAGAAGAUUUUGAAGUUGAGGAGGCACCUAGGAAGAGGCUCAGAAUGGAUAAAAGGAAUUAUCGGAAGAGGGAGAGAAGCAAUGACAAACCAGAAAAAACAUACUCUUCUAAGGUCACAGAAACCUCUUCACAAAAGAACCAGUCAGGUCUAUCAGAUGCAUGUAAACCACUGAAGAAGCGAAAUCGGGCUUCAGCAGCAGAGUCUUCACAUCUUGGUUAUAGCAAAAGUUCAUCUCCUUCAGUUUCCUUAAUUGAGAAUGAGAUCUCAGAUAGCCUGGGAGAUGAAAGAUCAGAGUCUCCUUAUGAAAGCGCCGAUGAGGCACUAGCAGAAAUAUCUCAGUCCAAAAAGUCUGACCGAGGAGCUGCAGCAAAAAAGGAGUAUGUAUGCCAGAUCUGUGAAAAGCCUGGAGAGCUGCUGCUUUGUGAAGGACGCUGUUUUGGUGCUUUUCAUGCGGGAUGCACAGGUCUAUCUGCAAAGCCCUUAGGACACUUUAUUUGUACUGAAUGCUCUUCAGGUAUUCAUUCGUGUUUUGUGUGCAAAGAGAAAAAACCUGAGGUGAAACGCUGCAUUGUAUCACACUGCGGAAAAUUUUACCAUGAAACCUGUGUUAAAAAAUUCCACCUGACAGUAUUUGAAAAUAGGGGCUUUCGAUGCCCUCUUCACAGUUGUGUCAGUUGCCAUGUUACUGGUCCUUCUAAUCCUAAAGUAUCUAAAGGCAAAAUGAUUCGAUGUGUUCGCUGUCCUAUUGCCUAUCAUGCUAGUGAUGCUUGUGUUGCGGCAGGUUGUGCAAUGAUCACUUCCAGUAGCAUUAUUUGUACCAACCACUUCACUGCAAAGAAAGGAAAGAGCCAUCAUGCACAUGUUAAUGUAAGCUGGUGUUUUGUGUGCUCCAAAGGUGGAAGCCUUUUAUGUUGUGAAUCUUGCCCUGCUGCUUUUCAUCCAGAUUGCUUAAACAUAGAAAUGCCAGAUGGAAGCUGGUAUUGCAAUGAUUGCAAAGCAGGAAAGAAAAUUCAUUUUCAGGAUAUUAUUUGGGUCAAACUGGGAAAAUACAGGUGGUGGCCUGCAGAAGUCUGCCAUCCAAAAAACAUUCCGCCAAAUAUCCAGAAAAUGAAACAUGAAAUCGGAGAGUUUCCCGUGUUUUUCUUUGGGUCUAAAGAUUAUUAUUGGACCCAUCAGGCUCGUGUCUUUCCCUACAUGGAAGGAGAUCGGGGAAGCCGAUACCAAGGAAUUAAAGGAAUUGGAAAAGUCUUCAAAAAUGCUUUGCAAGAUGCCGAAGCACGUUUUCGAGAAAUAAAAUUUCAACGUGAAGCCAAGGAAACUCAGGAAAAUGAACGCAAACCUCCUCCUUACAAACACAUCAAGGUAAAUAAGCCUUUUGGAAAGGUUCAAGUGUAUACUGCUGACAUUUCUGAGAUUCCCAAAUGUAACUGCAAACCCUCUGAUGAAAACCCCUGUGGUUUUGAUUCUGAGUGUCUAAAUCGGAUGUUGAUGUAUGAGUGUCAUCCACAAGUGUGUCCAGCCGGAGAGCGCUGCCAAAACCAAUGCUUUACUAAACGCCAGUACCCUGAAACUAAGAUCAUAAAGACUGAUGGCAAAGGAUGGGGCUUGAUUGCAAAGAGAGACAUUAAAAAGGGUGAAUUUGUGAAUGAAUAUGUUGGUGAGUUAAUUGAUGAAGAGGAAUGUAUGGCAAGAAUCAAAUAUGCUCAUGAAAACGACAUCACACACUUUUACAUGCUUACUAUUGAUAAGGAUCGCAUAAUUGAUGCUGGACCCAAAGGAAAUUAUUCUCGGUUUAUGAAUCACAGCUGUCAGCCAAAUUGUGAGACUCUGAAGUGGACAGUACAUGGCGACACCCGUGUGGGUCUAUUUGCUGUGUGUGAUAUUCCUGAAGGGACAGAGCUGACCUUUAAUUACAACCUUGACUGUCUGGGAAAUGAAAAAACUGUGUGUAAAUGUGGUGCUCCCAACUGUAGUGGUUUUCUUGGAGACAGACCAAAGAAUUCAUCCUCUAAUGCUUCAGAGGAGAAAGGGAAAAAAACCAAAAGAAUAAGGAGGCGUAAAACCAAGAACAAAGCAAGGAAAAAAACUGAGGACUAUUGUUUCCGCUGCGGUGAUGGAGGCCAGCUGGUGUUAUGUGACAGAAAAUUUUGUACCAAGGCAUACCAUCUCUCUUGCCUUGAUUUAAUAAAGCGCCCCUUUGGAAAAUGGGAAUGCCCAUGGCACCACUGCGAUGUGUGCGGCAAGCUUUCUGUUGCCUUUUGCCACUUCUGCCCAAACUCUUUUUGCAAGGAUCACCAAGAUGACGCAGUGCUUGAUUCUAACUUAAAUGGACAGUUGUUCUGUACAGACCAUAUUGAGGAGAACUUCACAGAAAAGAAGAUGAAGAGAACUGCCAGAAAAAUGAUCACACUGAAGUCUAAGAGAAGACAAAGAAACAAAUGGAAGAAGGCAGAAUGUAAAUAGUAUUGAACUGCAGUUUCUGCUACCUGUACUGUCGUGUAGAUACGUUGUGAAUAGAGCGAGGGAAGGACACAUAUUUUACAUACGUGCAAGAAUGGGUUUACGAAAAUCAUUUUAAUCCACUGAGCCAAUUGCAGCAGGAUAUCCUGCUGUAACUGCACUGAUCAUGAGUUCUGGCGUGCCAAGUUCAAACACUUUCAGGACAAACCAAGUUUACUUUUCAAGCAAUAAUGACAACACUUGAACUGUCAGGAAAUAACAGUUCUCUCCAGUACUCCCCAGUUGGGGGUAUGUUGAUUCCUAGCCAAUUAAGGUGUUUUGAAAUAGUAGUCACCAUCCAAGUGUUUAGUACUUGAAAGAUGUGAUUAGCUUUUAAACUGAAUGUUGUGGGGAGAGCUGCCUUUCUUGCCUGCAUAAAGUGCAGAGCACAAUAUGGAUAUUUGGCUUGAUUUUUAUUAUUUUAUUGUAACAGUAUUCUAUCAGGGAAUAAAAAUAUGAGGGAUGGAAGCAACACACCUGAGGGAAGCUCUGAAUGGCAGAGCCCUGUCUCUCACUGGACUUCAGAUUAGCAAAGUUAUUCAUGGUCUAAGUCCACCUAUAAGCGGAUACUGAAUUUUGUGCUCUGUUUUUACUAUUGUAUUUGCAUAAUAAAAGUCUUUCAAAAUCAAACUAAA